UCAUUAAAAAGACAAUGUGGUUCAGGCUGAAUGAGAUUUUCCCUCCUAAGAUUCUCUUGAUAGUCUGUUUACUAUCAUGUCAGGAUACAGCAGCACACAUAAAGCUAAAAGGAUUGCCUUCCCAGAGAUUAAGAAGACAAGCUGGAGGUCCUUUAUCAGUUGACUGUGAGCUGGGCCAGUGGUCAGAAUGGAGUGAAUGUCUUCCUUGUCAAAAAAAAAAAUACAGUUACAGAGCUUUAUUACAUCCAGCCCAGUAUGAGGGGAGAAAUUGUACUGGCAGUCUUUGGAAGGAAGUACCGUGCCACCCAACAGGAACAUGUGUCCAGACUCAGAUCCAAGACUGUGGAACAGAUUUUCAGUGCAUAACAUCUGGCCGUUGCCUUCAACAACACCUUGUAUGCAAUGGAGAACCAGACUGCAGAGAUCAUUCUGAUGAGGCUAAUUGUAAGAAUGCUGAAAGAUUCUGUGAUGAGGAUCUGCAGACAGUCCCAGGGAUCAGAGAAGCAGCUCAGGGGUACAAUAUGCUUACAAAAAAAAGAGUGCAGCUGGUUUAUGAUCCUGCCUACUAUGCGGGCCGGUGUGAAUUGGUCUAUAAUGGAGCAUGGCGAAAGCUCAAAUACGAUGCUACAUGUGAACGUUUGUACUUUGGAGAGGAUGACAAAUAUUUCCGAAAGCCAUACAAUGUUAACUUCUAUCAGUUUUUAGCACAUGCUGAUUCUGGCUUUUCCUCUGAGUACUAUGCAGAAGCUUCAGACUUACUGAAUGCCCUGAAAAAGGAUCCCUCUGGAGAUAUAGGUGUUACAAUUGGCAUAGAACCAUCUUCUCUUAUGCCUCUCUCUCUCCCAUUUGACCUAGGUCCCAAUCUUUCAUUUGACCUAGGUCUCAGUCUUUCAUUGGGAUCUGGGACUUUGGAAAAUGCUACUCUGUAUACAGCAAAGAAUGUAGGAUUUAUUCGAACACUCACCAAAGUACAAACAGCCCGUUUCAAGAUGAGAAGAGAUGAUAUAUUUCUGCAUGAAACAAUGCUUCAGUUUCUGAUGGAUCUUCCAGAUAAAUACAACUAUGGACUGUAUGCCAAGUUUAUAAACCUUUAUGGCACCCACUUCGUGACAUCCGGGACAAUGGGAGGCAUCUUUGAAUACAUCAUUGUUGUUGACAAAGAUGAAAUGAGGAGAGAAGAGGUUACAAGCAGCACAGUAAGUGCCUGUAUUGGUUUAUCAGCAGGCAUUUCAUUAAGCUUUCCAAUGGAUAUCUUAACAGCUAGAUUCAAGGUGCCCUAUGAAGAGUGCUCAAAAGUUGUACUCUUUGAAGCACAUUCACAAGGUGCUUUCAAAACAAAAUCAGUCAUACUGGAUAUUAUUCCACGGAUUCGUGGGGGAAACAAGAAAUUAGUCAGCAGGCUCUUGAGAAGCUGGCAUACUGAUGCAUACCGUUACUGGGGGAGGUCAUUAAAACUUAAUCCCACUGUUAUUGAUUUUGAGCUACAGCCCAUAUAUGAAAUACUGCAUAGGACCAAUCUUGCCCAUAUCGAAACCAAAAGGCAAAAUCUGAAAAGGGCUUUUAGUGAAUACUUAACUGAGUUCAAUGCCUGCCGCUGCAGUCCUUGCCAAAACAAUGGUGAACCAAUGCUGAUUAAGACCGCCUGCAUUUGUGAGUGCCAACAAGGCUCUGAGGGUGCAGCAUGUGAGAACACAAGGCAGGCAGGUCAUCCUGUACAUGGUAUGUGGACUUGCUGGACACCAUGGACUCCCUGUCAAUCUCAGUCACGAAGGCGAACCAGACAGUGUACUAACCCUGCUCCUCAAAAUGGUGGAACAGCGUGCGCAGGCAGAAAUGUGCAAACGGAGGCAUGCUAGCACCAUGGCAUGAGUGAAUUAGUGGAUUCUGCUGCCAAAGAGGG